AUGCUCAACACUAUCAAUAACUCCUACUUCAACCAGCUAUUCAAAUGGGAUGGAGGUAAGGUCCUUCUCCUUGAUUCCUUCACCAUGCCGAUAAUUUCCAUGAAUUAUUCCCAAUCCCAAUUACUCAAUGAAGAUAUCAUCCUUAUUGAUCUCAUAGAUAACUAUCAAUCAUUAGACUUAAUGAAGAACCUUAAUUGUAUUAUCUAUAUCAAACCCACAGCUCAGUCAAUUGACUUGCUAUGUAAAGAAAUUGCCACUCCUCAUUUCCAUUCCUACAAAGUGUUCUUCAAUAAUAUCGUUAAUAAGAACCAAUUGGAGAAAAUCGCCGAACACGAUAAAUUCGAAGUCAUACAUACCAUUAUGGAGAUAUUCCAAGAUUAUUUGGUGGUAAAUGAUUCAUUAUAUCAAAUCAAUAACUCCAUAGAUCUCAUAGAUGAAAGUAAGAAGAUCAUUAGUUUACUUUUAUCGAUGAAGAAAUUCCCCAUAAUCAAAUUUAAUAACUUAUCAAUCAAUUGUAAGAAGAUAUCGAGUGAAAUCUUGUACCAGAUCAAUUCCAAUUUGAAUAAUAACUUAUUUGAAGUUUUCAACGACGUUGGGGAUCGAACUCCUCAACUCAUAAUUUUCGAUCGGUUGAAUGAUGCAUUAACUCCCCUCUUAACUCCCUGGACUUAUCAAUCAAUGAUUCAUGAAUUAAUUGGAAUUGAAAAAAGUGUGAUUAAAGUGGAGAAUGAUCAAUUUCUUAUCAAUGAUGAGUUCUUUAACCAAUCAAAGUACUUAAAUUAUGGAGAUUUAAAUGAUCUUUUGAUAGAGAAGAUUAAUAUUUUGAAGAAAGAAUCACCUUCGUUGAAUACCAACAAUCUUGUUGAACUUAAAAAACUUAUAACCAAAUUACCGGAGUUUAAGAAGAAUUCUAAUAAUCUUUUCAAGCAUAUUUCCAUAAUCAGUGAAUUAGAUAAUCAAAUUAAACGUCAACAUUUAUGGGAAUUGGGUGAAUUACAACAAAUAAUUGCUUGUGAUUUGGAAUCUAAAGCUUCUAUUGAUGACAAGUUAAUGAAUGUCAUACAAAUGCCAGAGAUAUCUAUGAAUCAUAAGAUUAAAUUGCUUUUACUUUACUCAGUAAAACAUCCCGAUAUCUCCAAAUUCUUGAAUCAUCUUGAUGCUUCUUUGGUUCAAUUAAAACUUUUGAAUAAUUUCCAUAAACAGUUUAAAUUCAAAAAGGCAGAAUCUCAACCUCCAAAUUUCAAGAAUUUCUUGAAGAAAUUCGGUAAUAAUGAGAAUGAAAACGUCUAUUUACAGUAUACACCACCAUUAAAAGAGUUUCUCGAUCAUUUGGUGAACGCUGCGCCUAUAAAUAAUCCUUUGAAUAGUUUGACCACAUUAGUUCCUGAAUCUUUGGUUGAUUCGGGGGCUGUUCAAGAUGUGGUGAUUUAUUUCAAGGGUGGAGUGACGUAUGAGGAAGCAAGAGUGGUGGAGGAGUUUAAUAAGGGACAUGAAACAGUGAGGGUUGUUAUUGGGGGGGAUAGGAUGGUUAGUAGUGAUCAGUGGUUAGAGGAGUUGUAUAACACUGUUUAG